AUGGAAUCUUUCACUAAAAUCGAGAAAAUUGAUUUCUCUUGUGAAAGGUGCAAGACACAAGGGACAUUUGAGAAGCAGCUCCUCAUUGAUCAUUCCCCAAAUGUUGUUGUCCUACAUUUGAAGCGAUUCAAAUAUAAUGGUUUAGUUGUUCAAAAGGUGGAAAAGCAUGUUUCAUUUUCUCUAGAAUUGGACAUGCUUCUUUAUAGCAACGACAUCAAUAAUGAACAAAUUGAAUACGAUCUCUACGCAGUUAUAGUGCAUUCUGGACCUUCAAUCUCUUCAGGACACUAUUACAACUUUACUCGUUGUGCUCCAAAUGAAUGGUACAAAUUUGAUGACGAGAAGGUUUAUUAUGUUCAAGAAGAUCUUGUUUUGGCAGAGGAAGCAUACAUUUUAUUUUAUACAAAGAGGGGUACUGCAUGGUUUUCAGACUAUAUUCAAAGCCACAGACCCUUUUUGUGUCUUGUUAACCCCACAACUACCAAUGAUUCUAAUGAGCCAACUCUAAUGCCUGAAGUGAACAAUGUAGAGGAUAAUGAUUCCCAUGUAUUAACAGAUCAAGUUUAUUGCGAAGAUCAAUUGCAAGAUGUCAAAAUAAAGAAGGAUGAAAAAUUGAAGGAUGCAUUGAAUUGUGGCUCGCAUGGAACCUCUGUGAAUGAAAUGAAGAGGAAGCUGAAAGAUUGA